GGCGCUGUUGCUGUCAGCACCUCGGACAGCUCUCGAAACAAGACUGGACGUUUGAUUUAUGAGCAGAGGUGUGCCUGAACUCGUCCUGUCAGAGCUUCUCAGAUGAUGAGACCGCAUCCGGGUGCCGCGUGAAGCUCUGGAUCAACUUGACUGCUGUUAACCAGGACUUUGCCCUCCUCCUCCUCCUCCUCCUCCUCCUCCUCCUCUUCCUCCUCCUCCUCUUCCUCUUCCUCUGCAGCUAUUGAAGAGUUCAGGAGGACAAAUCAUAUACACCGGCUUCAGCCUGCAGAGGAGCAGUAUAUCUUCAUCACAACGAUGUUGGUGAUCCUGGUGGCGAUGUCUUCAGGCUUUUUCAGCACCGGCUCUGCCCUCAGCUCCCAUUUCAGCCCAGAUGGCGCUCCGCUGAGUGAGCUGUCCUGGUCCUCGUCCCUGGCUGUGGUCGCCGUCUCCCUGUCCGGCCUCUUCUUCUUCGUCUUCCUCAUGCUGGCCUGCCUCUGCUGCAAGAAAAGCAAAACCGGCUUCAAGGAAUUCAAGAAUGGGGAAGGGGAGGAGUACCAUGCAGACAUGUCCACCUUGGCCUCGUCGGCCUCCCAGGGCAGCCCGGACGUCUACAUCCUGCCGCUCACCGAGGUGUCCCUGCCGCUGUCAAAGCAGCCUGCUCGAUCAGUCCACCUCCUGAAAUCCACAGAUCUCAGCCGCCACAAUCUGCUCUACCUGAAAGAAAUCGGGAAUGGCUGGUUCGGGAAGGUUCUGCUGGGGGAGUUGAACACCGGUUUAAACUCCUCCCAAGUGGUGGUGAAGGAACUGAAAGCCAGCGGCAGCGUGCAGGACCAGAUGCACUUCCUGGAUGAAGCAAAGCCUUUCCGCUCCCUCCAGCACCCUGCUCUGCUGGCAUGUAUUUCCCAAUGCACAGAGAUCACUCCCUACCUACUGGUGAUGGAGUUCUGUCCUCUGGGAGAUGUGAAGGGUUACCUCCGAAGCUGCAGGACCGCAGAAGCCAUGACCCCGGAGCCCCUGCUUCUCCAGCGGAUGGCCUGUGACAUCGCCUCAGCACUCUUACACAUGCACAAACACAACUUCGCGCACAGUGACCUGGCUUUGAGGAACUGCUUGUUGACGGCUGAUGUCUCCGUGAAGGUUGGAGAUUACGGCCUGUCCCAGAGCAAAUACAAGGAUGAUUACUUGGUCACAUCAGAUCAGAUGUAUGUUCCGCUGCGUUGGAUCGCUCCAGAGCUGGUGGACGAGGUCCAUGGAAACCUGCUGGUGGCCGACCAGACCCAACAGAGCAACAUGUGGUCUCUGGGUGUGACCAUCUGGGAGCUGUUUGAGCUGGGCAACCAGCCCUACAGACACUACUCUGACAGACAGGUCCUGACGUACACUGUGAGGGAGCAGCAGCUGCGACUGGCCAUGCCUCUGCUCAAAGUGCCGCUGGCCGAACGCUGGUAUGAGGUGAUGCAGUUCUGUUGGCUCCAACCUGACCAGAGACCUACUGCAGAGGAAGUCCACCUGCUGCUCAGCUACCUGUGUGCCAAGGGGGCCAGUGAGGCCGAAGAGGACUUUGAGAGGCGAUGGAACUCCCUGCGCCCCAACACCGUAUUCAACAGCCACCGAUGUGCCCUGGCAAUGUCACAAACCCACCCCUCCUCAACCUCCUCAUCUUUCCCUCUCCUUGAGCAAUUUUCAGCUGCUGAUGGCUACCACUCUGAGUCUGGAGAUGAUAUACUAACAGUCACUGAGACCAGCCACGGCCUAAACUUUGAGUACAAAUGGGAACAAGCCAGAGCAAACCAGUCGUAUAGAGCCCCGGACUCCUCUGGUGCCUUGAGUCAGGUCAACCAUCAUUAUCAGGAAGCAUUUUACCCACCCGGGGGCAUUGUGGGAGGCUGCCCCAUGGAGAGAAGCCAUGGAGUUUCUCCUUACUACCAAUCCAAACAUCUGCAUGCUCCAGGCGUACUCCCUGUUCUUAGUGCCCAUAGCCCCUCAGUAAACAGUGAAUACUACAUCCGCAUUGAAGAGCCAGUAGACUGUAACAUUGAUCUGGACUACACCAUGUGCUCCUACAGCCCAGACUACCAGGGCAGCAGUGGGAGCUUUCUGACAGGAAGUGCAGACUCAGGUGAGUGCAUGGUCUGCCCGUCACAGGGCAACAACAUGGAUCCCUAUUGGUCAGCAGAUAUCAAUAAGUCUGAUAUGUACGACUCAAAUGACUCAAGUCCUGCCAUCUCUCUGACAAUGGAGCCCCUUUUAGGGCAAGUUCUGGACAAUAGCCCACUGCAACCCUGGGAGUCUAGUCACUACGUGUCCUAUAAAGACAGAGAUGGGGGUUACUACUAUGAGCACUCACCGCCAUUGGGGAUGGAUCACUAUCUUAUUGGACAUGAGUCCUCCAGUGAGCGCCAUCAGGAAAGCUGGGGGUCAAGGAGCCUGCGCCAGGCGUUGGGGGAGUUCGAUAACCAGCUAGGUGUAGCCCCCGUCGUAGGCAGUGCACCUCAACAGGCCUACAGAGACCCAUAUCUGAACACAAGUCAGAACUCCAUCAUAGGAAAGAACAUGACAGGGGGCUACUACGACAUGAUGGGCUCCCUGAGGAAGACGAUGCCCAGCCACACCAGGCAUAACAGCCACUCUGUCAGUAUUAACAUGGAGACGGAGGGGGCACUCUUCAUCGGGCACAGAGACAGUGACACAGAGGAGGAAGAAGAAGAGGACAUAUUUGUUGAGAGACACACCUGCAACACUUGGCCUUCAAAACACCGCCACAGCAGUCACCAAAGACGCGCUAGCCACAGCUGCAGGCAGGAUGCUUACGUAGAUUUCCACUACACGAUGCCAAGUACAGACAUUGAAGACUCCUGGCCGGAGGAGCAAAGCCUGGCCUUCCACUCGCUUCCCAAACACAUUGACUAUCUUGAGCCCCAACAGGUAAAAGAUAACAGUGCUUGCCUUAGUCUGAGUAAACAUCCCCCAAUGGUGCAAUCAGACAACUGCAACCCCUAUCUCUACCUGUGCCAUGAAAGUGAGACUCAGGUGCCAGCAUCUGGAGAGUGCUGCCACUCGCACUUUGUUGACCCGCUCACAGGCUUGCUAGUCAGAAACAACAGCUACAGUCACAGCUACAGUCACAGCUACACUCACAGCAGCUACAUCAGCGAUAAGGCCGUUGACACCCCAAGCAAUGAUGAGAUGAUCAAUCUAUCACCAGCUCCAGGGGGUCCCAUUGUGGCCAAACCUGCCUUGAUGAAGAGUGAGGACAGAGAAGAGCAUUAUGUUGAUCUGACAAUGGGUGAUUCACACUUCAAAGAAAAGAGGGAGGAUGUAAUCAAGGACAAUUCAAUCAUUCAAAGACAGACAGAACCUAUAGAGGAAGAAGUGAGCCUGGCAACGGCUAUAACCACUCCCCCUCCAGCUGACAACAUGCAUGUGAUGGUGGCCCUCACAGAUCCACAGUCUGAGAUUAGUCAAAACGGUGACAGCGGUGUCGACCGAGGAGGCUCCAGUGUAAGUCUUGCUGACAUACUCGACUGCAGUGAUGACGAGGAGGAGGAUGACAACACUGACGAUAUCACUGACGUUACCUCAGGCAUCUUUGCAGAUGAUACCAGCGAGCUGAACGCCUCUCCUGCCUUCAAGUCGAUACAUAAGCAGGUAGGAACUCCCGAUUCCAUGGAUUCCAUGGAUCUGCCAUCUGCCGCCGGGUCUUGUGAAGGCUUCAGCCCUGCGUCCUCCAACCCUUCCAGCUCACCUAAAGCUAUGGACAGUGGCUAUGACACAGAAAAUAACGAAAGCCCUGAGUUUGUACUCAAAGAGCCCCAUGAACCCCGUGAACAACCGUUGGGGAAGCCCACUCUUGACGCAAGCCUUGAGGAGGAGGAGGAGGAGGAGGAGGAGGAGGAGGAGGAGGAGGAGGAGGAGGAGGAGGAGGAGGAGGAGGGUCAUGGAUGUGAGGAUAAAGUAGUGCCCACAGAGGAUGAACCCUCAUUGGGGAAUGAUUUGGCCUCAGGAGCCUCACAGACUGGCGACCACAUCUUUUUACCACUUAGUGAUAAGACUCCGUACAGAGACUCUGCCUACUUUUCAGACUAUGAGAAUGAGAGGCAUUCUAGGGACGACACGGAACAACAUUCAGAGACAGUAAGGCAUGAGGAAAUGGUUGAAAAGGAACAGCACAUGGGAGAAAAUAAGGGUGAAAAAAGAAAAAAUGAGGAGGAUGAGGAAGAGCUGAGGGACACUGAAGUGAACAAAGACAUACAACUUGAAAUGGAACAGAUGUCAACAGGAGGAAUGGAUUCACCACCAGGGAUGGUUGCAUACUUGACAGUAGAGAGCGGUCUCGAUGAGGUAUUGGGGCUACCUCUGGAGUCUUCUGACAAUGCUUCAAUAGCAGAAGGUGGGCUGGACGAAUGGCCAUCUCAGGAAGAGGGUUCAUCCUUAGGAGACUGGGCAGCAGAAGUUGUGGGGGCAAUGGAAGAGGCUAUUGGUGCCCUGAAUGAAGAUUGCACCGCCACUGUCAAGGUAGAGGAGGAAGCCGAAGACUCGCCUCAAGAUUUAAAAACAGCAGAAGAGCCAGAGAUCAAGACAAUUCACAACAGGCCAUCAGGGAUAUCCGGUGAAAUCCUUCACUCUUUACCCAAAGACGAGGUAGCCUUGCAGCACAGGGCAAACACCAGGAGGUUUUCUUCAUCCUCUCCACCACCUCCAUCCUCUCCUCCCCUUCCAGUCCCUGCCACAGAGGGCCACAGGUCUGGGGAAGAGGGGGAUGUGGAGGACGUGGACACCGAUGACAGCGACGAGUCGGAUGAGGAGCUGCGAAGCUACAGUGUGCAGGAACAGAGCGGAGGGGACGAGAGCGAUGACGAGUGCCACCCAGUGCCUAUCGUGGUGAGUGACAACAGCCAGGACCACAAACUGCGGAGCCUUCUGAAGCUGUCAACCCUGCUGACAUCAGAAAACCUGGACGAGGAGCUUGAACGCAAGAAGAAGACGGUGUCCUUUUUUGAUGAUGUCACUGUCUACCUAUUUGAUCAGGAAAGCCCAACUAAGGAGCUAGCUGAGCAUGGCUUCCCUUUAGGAUCAGAGGGACAGAGUUCACGGAGCAAAUCCCAUGAAAGGCUUAACGCCUCGGAUGACUCUUCAGAUGGGAACAUCUCGGAAGAGAGUGCAGGGUAUGAGUGGGAGGACGACUUCCCCCUGCUUCCUCUGCAAACAUCCUCAGCGGCAACCGACUCCCCCCCACCACGCUCCAUCCCCAAAGCUUCGGAGCCCAAACCAGCCGUACAGUUCUCCCGCUUCACUGUCUCCCCCUCCACCGUGUCCCGCUUCUCCAUCACACACAUCUCGGACUCUGAUAUGGACUCUGCAGGAGGAAGCAGCGAGGAUGGGGACAAAGAAUAAUGACCUGUGGAUAAUUACUGCCUCUCCGUGACAACAACUCGGCCUGCUAGCAUGACUUCUUAUUUAUUUCUUGACGUCAGGUUUUAGAAACACAAGACAGUGCCUCUUACCGCCUGUGGACACUUUUGAAAAGGUUGUGCUUACUGACCUAAGCUGUUUAGAACAAUGAAAAGAGAAUGGUUAAUAUAUACAAAAUUACAGAAUAUUAAUAUAUACUGUGUGUAUGAUGUAAACAGAUCUAUGAAAGUAGGGGAUACUUUGAAUUGUGCAUAUUUUUUCGGAUCAAAGAGACACAAUGGAAGGACAUACCUUGGAAAACCUGGAAAGCAACACAUAUUCCACCUUUUUCACUUCUUAAUUUAUGACAGGAAGCAUUCAUGAGAGUGUGAAACCACCUGGACUUAGAGAAAAGAAAAGUUGAACUGUGCAAACGGUCGCUUGGCAAAGACACCUCCACUUUUUGGCUUUUCAACAGAGGAUCAGCACUUUGAAGACUGUACAGCUCCACAGAAUUUGUAGGAAAUUGCUUUGCUUGUCUUCAAAAAUAUCAACAAGAAUCCUUAAGGUAUCACAAGUAAUAUAAUGUUCAUAUUUGGGUUCAUUCAGAGACAAAGGGAAAAGAAAGCAGGAAGCAAUGGGAAUUUUGAUGGGUCAUGUCUGGUUUCAGAAUGUUUUUGUAUGGAAACAGCUGAUCAAACCUGAACAAUGUGAUAUUUUGUGACUAUUUAUUUUGUAUCAGGACCAUUACUGUACUCUUUAACAUACAUGUGGCUCAUUCUCUCUACCAAAUUGAAUGCCAGCACCGCCAUCACAACCAAUCCCUCCUGUUGUAAACAUCCAAAACACUAUAGUGACAAUAAGGAAAGAAGUCAUUUCAGACUUCACUAAUUAAACAGUUUUUUAUAAUAGCAAUGCAUGGUUUUAAGUAUAAGAAAACAUCAUCUUUAAACAUUAUUUGAUUAAAGACAAAAAGGGACCGUUUUUAGUUUUGUCUUUUAGUCUUGACACAUGAUCAUGGAAAUCCAUUUUGAUGUUUCCUAUUGCUGCCAAAAACACAUUUUCAGCAAUAUCGAUGAUUCAUGAUAUGGAAUGCUACAUGAUGGAUGAGUUCUCUAAUAGGGGCCAAUACGGGUGGGCAAUAUGUAUGAAAUCUUAAUCACAGCACAUGAAAUAUUAUAUAUUGCAGUUUUGUUAUACUGUACCUCCUGCUGAAGUACGUUUUGCAGAACUUUGAAUCACAAUUGAAUUGAGUCAAUAAAUAACUGUCUAGAUUAGAACAUCUGAAAAGUCAAGGUUCUUCGUCACAUUGAUGCAAAGCUCCAGCUAAGCUAAAACAUAAUGAAUUUGAAACCACAGAUAUCAGUGGCAGUAGUUGUUUACUUAUGUAACAUAGUGACAUCACUACGUAACACUCUUGCUUCUAUUGGCUAAUGCUCCUACACAUGAUACGUGCUAGGCUCAGGGACAGGAAGUUUCUAAGCGGUUCACCAAUGAGUCGUCUAGGUUACCAAUCAGAGCAGACUGGGCUCUGGUUUCAGACAGAGGGUGAAAAGAGGGGCUGCAGCACAGGCAGUGCGAGAAAAGAAAGGACGUUAUCAGAAUAGAGGCACACCUGAAAAUGAGCAUAAAUGGACCCUUACAAAGGAUAGAAGCCCUGUCAUCAUCAUAUUGCCCAGCCCUACAGGCCACUUCAUUAAAAUACAAACAACUUGCACAACAAUAAUAAAAGCUGUUAAAUACUUAUUUUGUCUGAACAAACAUGCUGUUACAUAAUGUAAAUCAGCACAUCAUACAUCUAGUGUGUUCCAGCUAUUGCUCAUUGCUACUGUCUCCUGCUUCUAUAUUGGCUACACUGACGUUGUUUGGAGCAGUUUUGUUCUAUGAUUUUGGUAUUAAGCUGAAAUAUUGACUCUUUUCAGAUUUGAAAGAAGAGUCACAGGGAUGGGAUAGAUCAGUUAAGUGUUAAGUCUAAUGUGUCUGAUCAGCUUGUUAAAGGCAAUGGGGAAUGAUGUCAUGAUCAUGAUAUGUUUCAAUGCUUUGCUUUCUGUGUGUGUUAAUGAUAGGAAGUGAAAUGGAAGGUGUGUUGAUGGGGUAUUGGAGCGCACAGUGCUCUGUGAUCAACAUGUAGUGUCUUCUAGUGUUUGUUUGCAUAGAACCAUCUAGACAGCCGUCUGUAAUAUUUUUGUAUCUCGACAAGAAUACUUUUAAGAGUAUUGAUGUAAUGUACCAGUACAGGAGGGAGGAUUGAAAAAAACAAAAACAUGUCUCUUGUGUUUUAUUGUUGCCAAAGAGAUGUUGUGUUGUGGAUCAGGGGCAACAGGUGGGUUACCCCACAAUGGAGAUCAAGAGGCAGAGCAGGGGCUUUGGCCUGGUCGUAACAAAGAACAUGCGAUACCGUCAGUAACAUGUGCCCACCCCUACACUGACCUGGUCACAUCAUUACUUUCUGUACCUUCUAUCAAAUAUAAAUAAAGUCUGUUUUACACAUCUUAA